AUGGACUUACAGACACAAUUGGAGACCACAACUGAGAGGAACUGGAAUCAAGAAAAAACGGAACUUCUGGAGCGUUUUGACAAUGAAAGGAAGGAGUGGGAAUGUCAAUGGAAGGUCAUGCAGAAGAAAAUAGAAGAGCUUUACCAGGAAGUAAAAUUAAGACGUGAGAGUAACAUGAAUGCCUUUGAGAAUAAGGCUCCACAUCUUAAAGCACCACAGCAAUCUCACUCCCCCAGUUCAGAAUGGGGUGACAGACGAGGACUGAACUCUUGUGCACUGGACAAAGAGGAUUUGCUCCCCAAGGCAGAAAAGGAAAGCAAGGAGAUCAGAAACAAGAGGAAAAAUCAUGCUUUCAUGAAAGAUUAUUCUGCCUUUGAGAAUUACAAGGAAUCCAAAGACUGCCCAAACUCAAAAUCAACCAAGAAUUAUACCCAGGAUCUCAAUAUUGCUCUUAAAGAACUUGCCAAAGUGAGUGAAGACUUGUGCUCCUACCAAGAAGAAAUUCGCAAGAAAUCUGAUCACAGACGAAAGAAGCAAUCGGGUGAAUCUUUGGAAACUGAAAAUGCAUUGAUUACCAUGCGAGAGGUGAACUGUCUGCAGAACAAUGACCCACAGCUAGCUUCAAUUGCAUCUGAAACAGAGCAACACAAUAACAGGAAGAAUUUGAUGGGUGCCAGCAGGGAUUUGAAGGAGAUGCCAUUUAAUGCUCUUGUUGGGGUUGAGAAAGCAGGCCUUUUGCCCUGGCAAGCAAGAGAAGCCCCUCCUGUUCCCCCACGAAGCACUUCUCGGCAUUUGACCAGCUCCCUGGCACAUGUUUCUGAAGUGUUUGCUAAAGAUACAGGGCCGAAAAGCAGUUCUAUGGCUCCAGAGUGUUGGGAUGGAAAUACAUUUAUUCAUCUGUCUUUUGCAAAGCAAUGUGAUGUUCCAGUGUCUGUUGGCCUUGCCAACAGGCCUGCCACACCAACCACUGUGCCCACAGAAGAAAGGGGUCUGUCCCUUGAAGGCAAGCCUCUGGCAGGAUUUUGUAACAACACAUGGACUUGUGAUGUAAACAAGGUUGAGAAUUGUCUUAAGAAUGGUUCUUCACCACAUUCUGUCCAGAAGAGCUGCUCUGAUGGAAAUAUGAUACCUCAAAAACAUCAUCCCAAAUUACAAAACUGUGACUUUUAUGGUCCUGUGUGUGACACACUGGGUGACUCUGGAUACGGAACUGGGAAGACUCAACGAAAUGAAACCUUAGAAGCAAAAAUUGAUGAGUUCAACAGAACUGUGUUCCAAACAGAUAAAGCCCCAAAAUGUCGGCAGCAGAACCAAGUGCAGCCCGUACCAUCUGCAGAGCCUAAAUCUCAUUGCAUACUACAGGACAGUAUGACCAGCAGAGGACAAAGUGACGAGUCAGCAUGCGUUCCGAAUUCCAGGCUAUCCCUAAGAAGUGAAGAAAAAUCUGGCAAACCUGGCAAAAAUGUCAAAGGCCCAGAACAGCCAAAGCAACUAAAUGGACUUCUAAGUGGCUACCGUCAUAUGCUCCAUGAGCAUCGCUGGAGGCCAAGUAAUUUGUCUGGUCGCCCACGAUCAGCUGACUCAAGGUCGAAUUAUGGUGUGGUUGAAAAACUCCUGAAGAACUAUGAGCGAUCAGCCUCUUUGUGGAACUCAAAGUUCCAGCAGGAGCAAUGGGUGCAAUCCAGAUGUGAGUUUGCUGAUGGUGACUGUGAAAACCUGGAACACGGUUUUGAACUGCACCAGACGGACCAAGGAAAGCCAGAGCAGCAAAAGAAUUUGGUCAGACACAUUGGACUUUAUGCCAGAUGUGGUAAAGAGAAGCAGAAACUUCCAGAGGAGAAGUUUAUGUAUGCCUGUGAGCCUAGUCUCAUAACGAGUCCAGUUCCUGUGGAUCUGGAGUCAGGGCUCCUCCACCCUUGUGUUGCUCCUAAGAGUGAGGGCUGGUAUGCCCACAAUAAGGGUACGUAUGUGGGGAUCCUCUCUCCAGAGAACUGCAGCUGCCAUGGCUUCCUGGGCAACUGCCCAACUACUCUUCCCAAUGCUGACGCUUCCUCCGCCAGCAUUGGCUCUGGGUCGGCUUAA